AUGGCGCCGUGCAGCGGCUUAUGGGGCGGGAAGGCCGGCGGCGACCACUACCGGGGCACGCCGGUGGUGGUCAAGAUGGAGAACCCCAACUGGUCCAUCUCCGAGAUCUCCUCGCCGGAUGACGACGACGAGGAGUUCUUGGUGGGUGGGCGGAGGAAGGGGGGCCGGGGCAAGAACGCCAAGCAGAUCACCUGGGUGCUGCUGCUCAAGGCGCACCGGGCCGCCGGCUGCCUCGCGUCGCUGGCCUCCACGGCGGUCGCGCUCGGCGCCGCCGCCAGAAGGAGGGUGGCCGCUGGGAGGACGGACGCGGACGCCGGCGCGGCCGCCGCCGCCGGCGAGAGCCCCGUGCUCCGCUCCCGCUUCUACGGGUUCAUCAAGGCCUUCCUCGCCCUAUCGGUUCUCCUCCUCAUUGUCGAGCUCGGCGCCUACAUCAAUGGCUGGGACGACCUCGCCGCCUCCGCGCUCGCCCUCCCAGUCAUCGGCGUCGAGUCGCUCUACGCGUCGUGGCUGCGCUUCCGCGCCACCUAUAUCGCGCCAUUAAUCCAGUUCCUCACCGACGCGUGCGUCGUGCUGUUCCUCAUCCAGAGCGCCGACCGCCUCAUCCAGUGCCUCGGCUGCUUCUACGUCCACCUCAAGCGCAUCAAGCCUACGCCCAAGUCGCCGGCAUUGCUGGACGCCGAAGACCCCGACGCCGGGUACUACCCCAUGGUUCUCGUGCAGAUACCAAUGUGCAACGAGAAGGAGGUUUAUCAGCAAUCAAUUGCAGCCGUGUGCAAUCUUGAUUGGCCGAGGUCCAACUUCCUGGUUCAGGUAUUGGAUGAUUCAGACGACCCGACCACGCAGACGCUGAUCAGGGAGGAGGUGCUCAAGUGGCAGCAGAAUGGCGCCCGGAUUGUGUACCGGCAUCGCGUCCUUAGGGAUGGUUAUAAGGCCGGAAAUCUCAAGUCGGCGAUGAGCUGCAGCUAUGUCAAGGACUAUGAGUUUGUAGCCAUCUUUGAUGCUGACUUCCAACCGAAUCCGGACUUCUUGAAGCGAACUGUGCCACAUUUCAAGGACAAUGAUGAAUUGGGUCUAGUGCAAGCAAGAUGGUCAUUUGUGAAUAAGGAUGAGAACCUAUUGACUCGGCUGCAAAACAUUAAUCUUUGCUUCCACUUUGAGGUUGAACAACAAGUGAAUGGGAUAUUCCUAAACUUCUUUGGGUUCAAUGGCACUGCUGGGGUGUGGAGAAUCAAGGCGUUGGAUGACUCCGGUGGGUGGAUGGAGCGUACGACAGUGGAGGACAUGGACAUUGCGGUCCGGGCACACCUUAAGGGCUGGAAGUUUAUCUUUCUGAAUGACGUUGAGUGCCAAUGUGAAUUGCCAGAGUCCUAUGAAGCUUAUAGGAAGCAGCAGCAUCGGUGGCAUUCCGGUCCAAUGCAGCUAUUCAGACUCUGCUUACCGGACAUUAUCAAAUGCAAGAUUGCAUUUUGGAAGAAAGCCAACCUGAUCUUCCUUUUCUUCCUUCUCCGAAAGCUCAUAUUACCAUUCUACUCUUUCACACUCUUCUGUAUCAUCCUCCCCAUGACAAUGUUUGUGCCUGAAGCUGAGCUUCCUGACUGGGUUGUUUGCUACAUUCCAGCCUUGAUGUCCUUGCUCAACAUCCUGCCUUCUCCCAAGUCUUUCCCUUUCAUCAUCCCAUACCUACUCUUUGAGAACACCAUGUCCGUGACAAAAUUCAAUGCCAUGAUCUCUGGUCUGUUCCAGCUUGGAAGUGCAUAUGAGUGGGUGGUGACCAAGAAGUCGGGCCGAUCAUCAGAGGGCGACCUCAUUGCUUUGGCACCAAAAGAGCUGAAACACCAAAAAACUGAAUCGGCGCCUAACCUCGAUGCUAUUGCAAAGGAGCAGUCUGCUCCUAGAAAGGAUGCAAAGAAGAAGCACAACCGGAUAUACAAGAAAGAGCUUGCACUGUCAUUACUCUUACUAACCGCUGCGGCUCGCAGUUUGCUCUCUAAACAGGGUAUACAUUUCUACUUCCUCCUGUUCCAGGGUAUCUCUUUCUUGUUAGUAGGCCUUGAUCUCAUAGGCGAGCAGAUUGAGUAAACUGUAAAAAGCAAGAUAGAUGUUUAAAAAACAGUGACCAUGGAGGUGCUCAAAGGAUGUUGUGUUGAAGCUCUUUGGCGAUAUUAAAAUGUUGCAUGACGCAAUUGUGCCGUCUAUGGGUUAAGUCAUGACUUCACACAACAUGAUGCACGAUGUACACUACAUAUAGACCCCCCCCCCUCCCUCUCGGUUGUGUAGAUAUAGUUCUUCUGGGACUGUAAAUGUGCUUAGUUCUUCCAGGGCUCUCCAAUUCUUUUGUAACCAAUUUUGGUGUUCAUGUGGGGGAUUUAUCUUAGGAGGCAACACACAUUACUGCCUAUACUAGUGAUUCAGAAUCAAAAAAUGCCCUUGAUUAGAAGUCAUCCCUUCCU